CGGCGGGGCGACGCGACGCGGGCUCCGCGCUUGGGCUCCGCCGGCCAAACCCAUGACUACGGCAAACUGCGGCGCCACCGACGAGUUCGACUUCAGGCUCAUCUUCGGCGAGGACGCGCAGCCGGGGCCCGGGCCGCCGCUGGGGCCUGCAGAUCUCGAGUCAGAUGACUGUGCAUCCAUAUACAUCUUCAAUGUAGACCAGCCAUCCUCAUCUGUAAAUCAGCCAAUUUGUAUUCCUCGCCACGGACUGCAGUCUCACUCCUCUCCUCUGUCACCUUCUACCAGACUUCAGAGUCAUAAGAACUAUGAGGGGACUGGUGAGGUACCGGAUUCCAAAUAUAGUCCACUAGGUGGACCCAAACCCUUCGAGUGCCCUAGUAUUCAGAUUACAUCUAUUUCACCUAACUGUCAUCAAGGGAUUGAAGCCAAUGAAGAUGAAUUGCACACAAAUGGCACUGAAAAUGAGUAUAUGGAAAGGCCAUCGCGGGACCAUCUCUAUCUUCCUCUUGAGCCAUCAUAUAGGGAAUCAUCCCUUAGCCCAAGCCCUGCCAGCAGCAUUUCCUCCAGAAGCUGGUUUUCAGAUGCUUCCUCCUGUGAAUCCAUUUCCCAUGUUUAUGAUGAUGUAGACUCAGAGCUCAAUGAAGCGGCUGCACGGUUCACCCUUGGCUCUCCUUUGGCAUCUCCUGGUGGCUCUCCGAGAGGUCCCGGCGAUGAAUCUUGGCAACAACCGUAUGGAUUUGGGCAUGCCUUGUCCCCUAGACAAUCUCCCUGUCAUUCUCCUAGAACUAGUAUCACAGAUGAAAAUUGGCUGAGCCCCAGACCUACAUCAAGGCCAUCCUCGAGACCCACGUCCCCCUGCGGGAAACGCCGACACUCCAGUGCUGAGAUCUGCUACGCGGGUUCUCUCUCUCCUCACCAUUCUCCAACUCCCUCCCCUGGCCAUUCCCCCCGAGGAAGCAUAACAGAAGACACCUGGCUAAACGCUUCUAUUCACAAUGUACAAGGUCUUAAUUCUGGCCUUWCACCAUUUCAGUGCUGUACAGAGACUGACAUCCCUCUGAAAACAAGGAAGACCUCAGAGGAUCAAACGGCCACUUUAUCUGGAAAAAUUGAUCUGUGCCCUGAGGAGCAGGGAAACUUAUCGUCGUCCCUUGAAACUGCAGUAGAUGAUUGCUCUGGAUCUCAACACAGCUUGAAAAAAGAUUUGCCYGGAGACCAAUUUCUUUCUGUUCCGUCGCACUUUACUUGGAACAAACCAAAGCCUGGCCAUACCCCUAUAUUUCGCACAUCUUCUUUGCCACCUCUGGACUGGCCCUUACCAAGCCAUUAUGGGCAGUGUGAACUGAAAAUAGAAGUCCAGCCCAAAACUCAUCAUAGAGCUCACUAUGAAACAGAAGGAAGCAGAGGAGCAGUGAAAGCAUCUACUGGAGGACACCCGGUAGUGAAGCUCCUAGGCUACAAUGAAAAGCCAGUAAACCUACAGAUGUUCAUCGGCACAGCAGACGAUCGCUACCUACGGCCUCACGCGUUCUACCAGGUGCACCGAAUCACUGGAAAAACAGUCGCUACAGCUAGUCAAGAGAUCAUCAUUGCCAGCACGAAAGUCUUGGAAAUUCCACUUCUUCCUGAAAACAACAUGUCAGCCAGUAUCGAUUGUGCAGGAAUUCUGAAGCUCCGCAAUUCUGACAUCGAGCUCCGUAAAGGAGAGACAGAUAUUGGGAGGAAGAACACCAGGGUGCGGCUUGUGUUUCGCGUCCACAUCCCGCAACCUAGUGGAAAAGUCUUGUCUCUUCAGACUGCUUCCAUACCUGUUGAAUGCUCUCAGCGAUCUGCUCAAGAACUUCCUCAGAUUGAGAAGUACAGUAUCAACAGUUGCUCGGUAAAUGGAGGCCAUGAAAUGGUGGUGACAGGAUCCAAUUUUCUUCCAGAAUCCAAAAUUAUCUUCUUUGAAAAAGGGCAAGAUGGCCGACCUCAGUGGGAGGUAGAAGGGAAAAUAAUUAGGGAAAAGUGUCAAGGGGCAAACAUCGUUCUUGAGAUUCCUCCAUACCAUAACAAAACUAUUACAGCUGCAGUUCAGGUGCAGUUUUAUCUCUGCAAUGGCAAGAGGAAAAAAAGCCAGUCUCAACGUUUUACUUACACACCAGUUAUAAUGAAACAAGAGCACAGAGAUGAGGUGGAUUUGUCUGCUGUCCCAUCGUUGAGCCUGCCCCACACAGGCAGYGUUCAGGGCCUACACGCUAUGAGAAGUCCGUUGCCAUCACCAGAUCAAGGGCAUCCCCAUGAUGGUUUACUGUCCACCUCACCCAGGAGCCUUGUUUGUCCAGUGCAACCCCCUUACACUGCAAUGGUGACCUCAGCAGUGUCCCACCUGUCACAUAUGCAAGGUAGAAACCUUAGUCCCAGUGAAGAGUGUCAUGUUUUGCCUCCUGCUGUGGUUCAGUCUUUUCAGGUAACAUCAGCACCUCCCGUGAGGCCUUCCUACCAGUCUAUGCAGUCUAAUGAUGUAUACAGUGGACAGUCUGGUCUUCCUAUGAACUCUGCCUCCAGCCAAGGAUUUGAUGGUAUUUCCUUUCAGCAAGAUGCACCCGUACCUCACUUGAUAAAUCUUAGCUGCCAGGCUCUCCCACCAAUGCAGUUCCAUUCUUCAAACCCAGGUUCGGUGUCAACAGCGAGUACAGCCGGGCACCCGCUCGGACACGCAGCUCAUUCAGGACAGUCGUCGUCCCGCCUACCGUCGAUCGGCUACCACUGCCCCAGCUCUGGCCAGGGCUCCAUCUCUUCCACCAUGAGUCGAUCCCUUGGGCCGUCUUCUCCCCAGCUCCAGCAAGUCCCAUACCAUUCUUCAAACCCAGCCUCCACUUCAUCCCCCUCCCCAACAGCUUCCCAUCCUUUGGUCCACUCGCCGCUGUCCGGACCAUCUUCCCCCCAGCUCCAGCCUCUGCCUUAUCAGUCUCCCAGCUCAGGACCUGCCUCCUCUCCCCCGCCGGCCACCGUGGGUCCCUCGGGGCAGCGCUCGCCGCAGGCGCCCAGCCCCGCGCUGGGCGGCCACGCGCCCGCCGCGGCCCUGCCGCACCACGGCGUGUGCGAUUCAUCUCCCUUUGCACCAGACGGGGCAGCUAUUAACAUUAAGCCCGAACCCGAAGAUCGAGAAUUGAAUUUUCAAACGAUAGGACUACAGGACAUCACGCUUGAUGAUGACAGUUUUAUCUCUGACCUGGAAUACCAGCCAUCAGGUUCAACAGAGAAAUGGACUCAACAUUCAGCACUCAUGUCCAACUCCUAUGUGGAAAAUCUAGAGGUGAAUGAGAUCAUAGGAAGAGACAUGUCACAGAUCUCAGUGUCACAUGGAACGACAGUGGCCAGCCAGUCUCCCCAGACAUGCCCUGGAUCGCUGGAGACAGGAAUAUCGGAUGGAAUCCAGUAACAGAUAAGCUUACAACUGAGCAUCCUUGAAAGCUUCACAGUUUCUCUGAAUAUUACUUCAUCCUCUUCCUCUUUAGACUUACUGUGCUUCCAACUCUGUGGCCUUUAUGAACUGGAACAGUGGAUCCUUGCAUAGCCCUUUUAGCGGGUUUCAUUUUUGAUGUAGAGACAGAGCAUUUAUAAUGAUAGUUCCUCAGAUGCUGUAAAGUGACUUCUUAAAACGGACACACAGAAUCUACACCAGAUAUUUUAACUGUUCAAAAGUUGCAAACGAGCUUUGCUUUUUUUUUUUUUUUUUUGCAUUUAAAUAGAAUACUUUUAUAUUGUAAGUGCUUCAAAUGUGUGAAGAUGUUAGUUUGCUCUUAUAAUAUUCACAGUACCGAACGUGGAGAAAGAUUUAAUACACCUCUUCAGUGUGCUGCUUUCCCUUAGAGAUAGCAUAAUUGUAACUGAUGAUUUGUAACACCUUUUGGUCAUUUUGGAAAGCCUUUAAGCUUAUAUUGUUUAAAUUUUUUUAACAAGAUCUUCCAGAGGCAAAUCAUACCUGUCAUCUGAAGCCAAUGCCAUGGAAGUCAUUGUGUACACAAAUACUUUAUAGUGUUUUCUCUCUUAGAUUCAUAGGAAGCAAAGCCAAAUGUAGAUCUGCACUUGUUUAUAAACUGAAAAUGUUACUUGAUAGGCUGCAAAAAGACCAUUCCAUCAUGGAAGUGUUGGGAUAGAAAUGACAUUCCAAAAUUAACUUUUAUAACUUUGUGGAUAAUCUUCCUGUACUUUAUUAGCACAGGCUCCUUCUUGAAAUAGUUUUCUUUCUUAGAAAGUUACAUUUGUAAUCAAAUUUGAGAAGUAGGAUUUUAGAGUAAAGAACUGCAACUUCAAAGCCAUGUUAGCUACAGGAGAAAUUUAAUAUUUGCUGGGGAUCUGGGUGUUCCUGUUAUCACUACAAAAGCUGUUUCGAAGUUACCAAUUCGGUGGCAUUCAAAUUUUCCAUGCAAUAAAUCAUUUGGUCACCUCCAUCUUACAUGCUGUAUACCUGAACCAUGCCACUCUGAACUCCUAAGGAGAUGACAAUUACAGUUCUUUAAAUUGAAACCAUUUAUAAGCUUUAGUCUGAUACAACAUAAUUUACUGUGAAUUAAUAAGUAGCAUAAUUUGCCCUUUUUUAAAUUGUAAAUGCGUGAAGCAGAAGUUACCAAAGAAAUGCACAGGAUUUGUGGCAGCAGCAUACGCAGUGCACUUUGUGCUGUGUUCAAAGGAUGCAUUUCCCUUACCCAUAUAAUCUGAUAAUGUUUACAUAGUUAUCAAAAAAUCUCAGGCCUCUAUGAUUAGGAACCUAGGAGAGGAUCUGAAACUGCCCGUUCAGGCCAGAAACACGCACGGCCACCACCCCCCCAGUGCCCUCUCGUGCCCUAAAGAAAUUGUAGUUUACAAAGCUUUCUAAUAUGGUUCAUACAGGGUAAAACAACACUCACCAAGAUCAGAAAUACACCAAACCUCAAAUACUUAAGAUUUUUUUUUUAGCUCCUGAUUUGGAUGAGUCAUGAUGCUCUAAAUGAAAAUAGAGAGCAAACACAGUCAAAAUUAUCGAAAAAUAGGAAGGGUAAUUGCGUUCCGAUCAGACAACUGUGGACACUUUAAUGGCUGAACGCAUGGGGAGGAUGUGCCUCUGGUCUGUAGAAAAUUGCUAUAAACUCUUAAAAAUCACAGUAGAACAUCUUAAAGUGGGUUCUGUUAAUGAAAAAAGACUAAGUAAAUAUAGAUUUCUGUGAUGCAAUUGGCAGACAAUCAGGGGAGGCUACAUUGAGCUUCUUGCAUACGAGMCAUUACACCUAAACUUAAGUCACAGUCCAAGCAAUACCAUUGAAGUAGACCUAACCACUUCUGUAAUAGCUGAAUCACUGACUUUGAAAAUGGCCAUACAUCAAGUGGGUGAAAUUAGCACAUUUUAUAAAAUAYUUCCUUUUAAGAGGGCAACCUAUUUGAAACAAUUUAAUGUUAGGCCAGUGUGUGUAUAUGCUGGAAAUCUAAGCAUCCCUCUUGUGAAUGUACUGUUCAGAAGUGCAAAUCUGUAAAUUUGAAAGGAAAAAAAAAAAGCAGUGAAAAGUGAUAUUUUAACUGUCCCUCAGUGAUGGUGCUUUACUCUGUCCUAUACUUAUUUACAUUAAUAAUCCUAGAAAAGGGUUGACAUGUUCAGAAAUACAUCUACUUAUGUUUUUAAACACUUUUUUUUUAAAAAAAGCAAAACAAAAAAAGGAAAAAACACUGUAAGAUAUGUAAUUGUUUUCAGACUGUGUGCUGGUGCAAGGUAUGUCCUAGGUUUCAUUCAUGUACCAGGUCUUUUGCAUUAACUGUUGUUUGUAGGAGAAUUCUAACUUCCAAGCUGUUCAUACUGUAUGGGAUUUAUGCUCCUUUAUCCUACUGGUACAGACUUCUCCUUGCAAGUUCUCCGAGUAAGUAGCUGGAAUUCAUCCUGUACCUGAAAUAUAGGAGCCCAAACAAUCCAGAGUUGCUAUGCACUAAAUCUUCUGAUGCCUUUAAAUACCUUGAUGCCUGUAGACAUAGAGAUGCUUUCCUAUUUAAAAAAAAAAAUGAAAUUAAAAAAAUAUAUAUAGCUUUGGAUACUAAAGCAGUUUUGUAUUUGCCUUGUAAAAGCUUCAGUACAAGGGUCUUAAUUUUAUUUUAGCUUGUGUGAUAAUGUAGGUGAAAGACUGUUAAUCUUGUAUAAUUUUUAGUGGUAUAAAAAGCACACAAUCUCUAUUGGACUAUGCAAAUUGAAUUCAACAACAGAACCCUGCAGCGGUUGAUAUUUUGUUGGCAUCCACUUUCUUGCCCUUAAGUUCUUUCUCC